UACAGAUGAGGAGGAGGAAGUCACAUUGAUGUACGCACAACAUGAGAGGAUUCCAAUGAAAGACUUCAGUGCAGAGGUCAGAGCGACCCUUGAUGUAGGAAACUUUGUGAAUCGAGCCACACUUCUUUUGGACAUCAACCAGACGAGUUUGGAAUCCAUAGUCACCCUUCUCCUGGCCAAGAUGCUGGCUGGAGAUGAACGCUCGGACAUGAUCAUGAAGGAAGGUCGGGCUGCAUUGAUGACCCAUGAUUCAGUUCACGUACUCUCAAAGACCGUGCAGGGCACCAGUACAAGUGAAGGUGGUGGCUUUGACUAUGAUCAGUCAUGGAUAUGUGCAUUAUGCUCCUUGCCAUCGUUGCAAAGACGCAAGGUGGCCAUUGCAAGGUUGAAGCACCCUGCCAACUUGGGUCGUACGAGUCAAGAGAUCCGUUUCUUCAUUCUUGUCCUGGCCCCCAUGAGGGAGAAGGGGACCAAGAAUGCCCUAGAGACAGCAAGGACGUUUGCAACACUCCUGGCUGACAUUGAGUGCAGGCAGAAGCUACUGGAAGUCAAAACAGCUGUCGAGGAUUGCAUGUCUUCUUCAUCUUCAAAGACUGACUCUAGGCAGACAGAUAGUCUCUCUGUUCCUUCUAAUCCUUCCGUACCGGAGACUGACAUUGAAGCAGAGGAAGAAUUUAAACAGAUGCUUCAUCAGCAUGCCAAAGAUCUUGCCAUCCAGCAGAGUUACCCACCAAGACACUCGCGUACCUCCAGGCCUAGCGUAGGACCCUUCGACAAUUUCAAUGAAGGCGGUAGCAGUCACAAAUGUUGUAUAGGGCAGGGCCUGACGUCAGACCUGAAGAGGAGGCUCCCUCACUACUGGAGUGACUUUCGUGAUGGGGUCAUAGGUCAUAAGACGUUACAGAAGGUCAUAUCCACGACAUUGUUCCUUUACUUUGCCUGUAUCCUUCCAUCCAUAGCAUUCGGAGUACUCAACGACAAGAACACCCAUGGUUUGAUCGAUGUGAAAAAGGUGAUCAUCUCACAGACGAUGUGCGGCAUCUUCUUCUCAUUGUUUGGAGGCCAGCCUCUCAUAGUGAUGCUGACUACCGCUCCGCUUGCCCUUUACAUCAAGAUUCUGUAUACGAUAUGCGAGGACCUGGAACUCGAUUUCUAUUCCAUGUAUGCCUUGGUUGGGAUCUGGAAUUCAGUGUUUCUCCUCAUAUACUCUUUCACCGAUGCAAGCAAGCUUAUGAAGUGGUCUACAAGAUCGACAGAGGAGAUAUUCUCUCUUUUUGUAUCAAUAGCAUUUUGUGUAGAUGCUUUCAAAGAUUUGGCUGCUGAAUUUAACAAACAUUACCAUGCAAGCGAGUGCACAGGGGUUCCCGCUGCCGGUGACCUCCUUAUCUCAACCCAACCGUCCAUGACAACCCUCAAUGAUAGCAAUACAGACCCCACCACUACACUCUUCAGCAAUAUCUCAAGCCAAAUCUCCACUACCCUCGCCUCUUCUUCCACUCCGGAGUGCCACAGGGAUUCCAGUAUCCUCUAUCUGCUUCUAAUGCUCGGCACACUAUGGCUUGGUGUAACGCUUUAUAACUUCACUAAAAGUCCGUUUCUUGAUGCAAGCAAGCGAGAGGCUCUAGCCGACUACGCCCUUCCAGUGGCUGUCCUUAUCAUGUCCUUUGUCGGCUCCUACGUCUUCAGGGGAACUGAAGCGGAUAUCUUCAGUUAUAAUGAUGGUGAAGUGCUCAACGUGACCAAGUUUGAAGGUAUCUCUAUUGGUAUGGUGGCCGGCUCCAUGGGGCUAGGAUUCUGUCUCUCGCUCCUCUUUUUCAUGGAUCAAAACAUAUCUAGCGCCCUGGUUAACAACCCAGCAAACAAAUUGAAGAAAGGGACAGCGUACCAUCUUGACCUGUUUGUGGUAGCCAUCAUGAAUUGCUUUGUAUCAAUCUUUGGUCUGCCAUGGGUCCAUGCGGCUCUCCCUCACUCUCCACUCCAUGUGAGGGCGCUAGCCGAUGUAGAGGAGAGAGUAGACCAGGGACACGUCUAUCACAUUGUGGUGAGAGUAAGAGAGACCCGUUUAACAACACUCUUCUCACACAUCAUGAUAGGUCUAUCUAUCAUGAUGUUACCUACCCCGCUUCAGUAUAUCCCUAAGGCUGUCCUCUACGGCCUAUUCCUCUAUAUUGCGUAUACCGCCCUCGAUGGCAACCAGCUCUUUGAACGCAUCGUACUGCUCAUCACGGAACAGGCUGCGUACCCUCCCAACCACUAUGUGAGAAGAGUACCCCAGCGUAAGAUGCAUCUCUUCACGGCUGUUCAACUCUUACAGCUUGGUAUCCUAUGUGGGUUUGGCUUCUCUCCGUGGCCCUACCUCAAAAUGGUCUUCCCUCUCCUUAUUCUCACCUUUCUACCUAUUAGGCACAAGUUAGUACCAUUCCUUAUCGACCUCAAAUUCCUGGAUGCUCUGGAUCGAAGCCACUAGGAUGGUCAGGCAUCAGAACGGCCGCUCGUUUCUAUCGCCCAUGGUGACAACGACAACAACAUCCAAGCUCCAUGUGUGACCAUUGCUCGUUAUUUCUUAAGCAUUAUUCAUGAUUACUCAUGCAUUAUUCAUGAUUAUUCGUGCGUUAUUCAUGAUCACUCAGUCAUGCAUUAUUCAUGAUCAUCACCUCAGUCUCCUAGAGAGAUGGGUGGGCAAGAAGUCAACGUGCAACACCUUAUGAUCGUAGUUUCUUAGACAACCCUUCCUGUGUACGCGUCUGUACAACCACCUGUUUGUCUGCCUGUCUGUUUGUAUGCAGUUUACUGUACAUGAAGCACAAUCUUUCUUCUGGGUAGGUCAGCCUUGAAGAGCAGCUUCAGGCUGUUUCGAGCCAGAACGCUAUAUCGAGAUCUCCAAGAUCACAUUGGUUUUGCAGCUGAAUAGAGUUGAUUAAUUGAUUAUAAUCUAUAGCAUUUAUAUAAUGUCUAUCUAGUUACCAAUUUGUAGAGGGUGCACUAUGUAUUACCCAGUCUUAACCCCCACCUCCCCUCCCAU